GGAAACUGCAUCUGAAAUUCAUUAUCGAGUGCUGUUGUGUCAGUACACAAAAAUGCUCAGAGAAAUACAGCAGGUGUUGAGGCUGGUCAUGCUAAUGGGAAAGCAAAGGCAGCAGCAUGGUUUUAGGAGGGCAGGAGGGCUUUUGGUUCUUCUGUGGACUGAAACCAGAACUUCUGUUCAAAGUUUAUACUGCACCGUUGCAGCUGCUGGUCCCUGGUGCACAGGGAUUAAAAUGAAAGCACUCCAACCUGUCCUCACAGAUUUGAAGGAGAGCAUGUUUCCCUGUGCAUGGCUGUGUCCUGAGCCCGACCCUGAGGAGCUGUGUUCCUUUACUGAUCUGUACGGUUCCCUCAGAUUACUCCUCUCCUUCCAGAUGAAAGAUGCAAGACUUUUCAGUCCAGAGUGUCAAGCUCAUAUAGAGGCAUUCCUACGCAUAUUCAGUUUGGCUAAUGCAGGGAUUAAAAUCCACCUCAAAUUCAAAUUCAACCAGAAGACCCUCCAACAAGAAUUCAGAGUGAAAAUCAAAAGUAAAGUUGCACAGGCAGACGACCCAUCACUGAUCUUGGAUGUCACUUGUAAUACACAGCCUCCAGAGUGUGUGAAGAAAGGAUGCUGGUGUCAGGGAGGACACCCUGUCCUUGGAGGCAGGUUACCACUCAGUAUCCCACCACAAGCCAUGGAUCAGGGCCUGUACGGGGAGCUCAGCAUUCAGCCUGUAACACUUCUCAGGCCCUGUGUGCUGCAAUACCCCAAUCUGGCAACCCAGCUCACUCACAUACAAAUAUCCUUUGUGCUGGUUUACAGCCCCAGUAAUGUUCCUGUUACAGGGCCCUCCACCUUCCUCCAGAACCUCCCCGCUCAUCUGGGCUGUCAAGAACUGACCCUGCAUGGCCUUCGCUGCUCCUCCUUCAAAGAUCUUGCACUCAGUGGUGGCACCGUGUAUAAAAUAGAGCAAGAAAACUCAGAGGAAGAAUCACGUCUUCCCACAAUGCAGCAGAGUCUCCUGCUUUUUCUCUUCCUGCAGCACAGUGACCCCUUCACCUCCCAGAUCUCUGAUGUUAUGGAUACAGAGGCACUGAUCGAGCACCACCUGGAGGAUAUUCUGAGCAACAACAGACAGGCAGUCACAACAACCCUACAGACUGAGCUGAAAAACACUCUGAAAGCCCAAAAUCGCAGAAAAAUGGACCAAGAGAAGCUGCGUUCAGCUGUCGACGUGAUUCGCAGUUCAUCCAUCAGUAUCGUGAGCAGCAGCAGCAACAUGGACUUCAGAAAUGCCUGUCUGAACAGCAUGAAGGUGCAUGACACUCAUGAACUGUCGGCCUCCCUCUCUGAAUCUCUGAGGAGGGUGACAUCAUGGAAAUUCACCCCCAGGGGCAGGUGCUACUCUGUUCAGAUGGAAGAACAUCCUGAGAGUGAUGGGGCCACGAGAACAGAAAUCUGAGACUGUCUGUGUUU